UGCAGCUAGCUAUCACCGUAGCUAACAGCAGCUUUACUCCGGAUUGAUGGCGGAGGGCACCGGGAACGUUAACGUGGGCCCGGCCAACCUUCCUCCAGGAGACCCGCAGCUCAUCGGUAUGAUUGUGGAGCAUCUGAAGAACCGGGGGCUCUUCGAUGAGUUCCGCCGGGACUGUUUGGCAGACGUCGAUACGAAGCCAGCCUACCAGAACCUGCGACAGAAAGUCGACAACUUUGUCACAUCACAGCUGAGCACUCAGGAUUGGAACCCGUCUAUUAACAAGAACCAGAUGAGGAACGGCCUGAGGCAAAGUGUUGUCCAAUCAGGCAUGUUGGAGUCCGGUGUGGACAGGAUCAUCACUCAGGUUGUGGACCCCAAGAUGAACCACACUUUUCGGCCACACAUAGAGACUGCCAUCCAUGACUUUCUGUCAGGGGAAAGGAGGGAAGAGAACAUGCUGAGUUGUAACCCUGCCCUGUCUGAACAGACAGAAACACCAGAGGUCCCAUCUGCUUCUGGUCCCAAAACCCCCUGCACCAGAGAGGAACACAGAGAAACACAAAGCGCCAGUAUGCACGGGAACUUGUCCGCUGUGCUUUUUGUUUUUUUUCUGCCACUGGCCUGUCGACAGGUGCUGGCCCUGGAUCAUCCGCAUGAUGCCCAGGAGAAACAAGUGAACCAGGCCAAAAAACGCCUCUCUCUGCAGAGCACAGCUGAUAUUCAGAGUUGCCUGGUGGGCUCAGGGGAUGUUGGCUGUGGGAUGUUUCAGUGUUUUAGCAACAACUCCUGUGAAAUCCAAGGCCUGCACCACAUCUGUCUCACUCUGCUGCACAACGCUGGGCGCUACGAUUCACAGGGUAAGUCAUUUGUGAAGGAUGCGUUGCGGUGCAUGGCACUGGGACUGCGGCAGCGCUUCAGCUGUGUGAGCCGCAGGUGCUCAGCAGUAAAGGACAUGGUGUUCUCGCUCCAGAGAGAGUGCUACUCCAAACACCAGCUUUGCCUGGCUCUGCGGGACCACAUGGACACUAUGGGAAACCUGGUCCAAUUCCACCUGUUGUUCCCCCCGGGACCAUAUAUGGAGCUGAUGAACUUCCUGUUGAAGUGUGGCGAUGAGGUUAGGUCGUGGGUGGGCCGACGCCUACGUGGGCAGUGUGAGCUGCACUGGGGGGCACUGUGCAGCAGCCUUGGCAGCACCUGUUCUCCCAGCCAACUGGAUGCCCUUCAGCAAACUACCACCCCAACACCCACCCCACCUCGGCCUAUCACAGCACAGGGACCCCUGCAGGAGUCAACCAGAGUUGCCGAACUAGAGGAUGAGAGCACGCUGAGUCAGAUUGACAAUGCAACUGAAUCCAACGUCACUGCUUCGUAGACAUAAAGCGAG